AUGAGUGGCCUCCGACAGCAGCCCCUGUGGUGGAGAGGCCCCACGUGGCUGGCCCAGGACGACAAGUCUUGGCCCCAGGAGACACUGCCUCCGCCUACGCCCACGCUCUCACUCUGCUGCGCCUUCCGCGCACCUGAAUCGGACCUGCUGCAGCUCUUCUCGAGCUUGCGCGCCGUACUGGGCCUCAUCGUGCGCAUUCACCGAUGGGUGCGACACCGCUUGCAGCGCAUGCCCACCCGUUCUUUGCUUUCGCCGUUGACGCCGUCUGAGGUUCAGGACGCUUUUCUGGCCUGCGUUCGGUUGAGUCAAUCGAUGACGUUUGGGGAUGAGUUGGCACUCCUGCGGAAGCAUGAACGUGUUCUGAAACGGAGCCCUUUGAUCUCUCUUGCCACCUUCCUCGAUGCCAACGGUGUCCUGCGUGUUGGUGGGCGGCUCGGUCACUCAUCGCUGUCUUACGAAGAGAAGCACCCUCCCAUCCUCAGCGGAAUAUCGCCGCUCGCUCGACUCGUGGUCUCUUGGGCUCACCCACGCGCCCUCCACGGUGGAUAUCGCGUUACCAGCGCAUACGUCUCCAGGCGUGCCUGGAUUCUUGGCGGGCCACGCCGAAUCAAGGCUCACAUUAGAGGGUGCGUCAUCUGUGCUCGGUUACAGGCGCGCUCUUCAAGCCAGUUGAUGGCUCCGCUGCCCGCGUCUCGCGUCACGCCGUCUCGCGCUUUUGGUCGCACCGGAGUCGAUUACGCCGGGCCCUUCUCCGUGCUUACAUCGAAGGGACGGGGGAUCCGGACCACAAAGGGCUACAUCGCUGUCUUCGUGUGCAUGACCACCAAAGCCGUGCAUCUGGAGCUUGUCGGCGACCUUUCCGCGGCCAACUUCUUGGGUGCUCUCACCCGUUUCACCGGUCGUCGAGGCCGACCAUCCGAGCUUUGGAGCGUCAACGCCACCUGCUUCCGUCGAGCUGAUUUGGAGCUCCGCGAGGCGUUGCAGGGCGCAGAAUUUAACUGGGACCUAGUCGCCGGGACUCUUGCCUCCCAGGGGGUUUUCUGGCAGUUCAUUCCUCCUGGUGCGCCACAUUUUGGAGGACUCUGGGAGGCCGCGGUCAAGUUGACCAAGAGCCAUCCAUGCCGUGUGCUCGGUUCUCGUCAUCUAACGUAUAAAGAGUUCUCUACGGUUCUCGUUGGAAUUGAGGCCGUGUUGAAUAGCCGCCCGUUGACGCCCUUGUCUGGCGAUCCCUCUGACCUCGAAGUGCUCACGCCUGGACAUUUCCUCAUCGGGGCUCCCGUCGAUUCCAUCGUCGAAGCUACCCCCGCUGCAGAGAAUUUGGACCCGCUCACGCACUGGGAGCUCAUCAAGGCCGUUCGCGCCCAAUUCUGGACGCGCUGGGGCCGUGAGUAUCUAAAUACUCUCCAACAGAGGCCGAAAUGGAGCGCUGUCCGUCGGAACUUCGCGGUGGGGGACCUGGUGGUUCUUCUUGACCCUACGCUGCUACAGUCCAGCGGACGCUGGCCUCUGCGCCGUAUCACCCACACACACCCUGGAUCCGAUGGACUAGUCCGUGCUGCUGCCGUCAAGAUGGCCACCGGCGAAUACGUGCGGCCCAUUGUCAAGCUUGCGCGUCUCCCUGUGGCACCUGCGGACUCUAGCCUCCCUGCGACAGACGAUCGAGAUACUCCCCCGGCUUCGGCAGGCGGUGACUAG